UUUUUGCUACCCAUCUGUAUGCUGUUGAAGUUUUGAGGUGCUUUCACAUUUCUGUUUGAGGGCUUAGUGGAAAUUGUUUAAAGUUGAAAUCUUUUGUGAGUUGCAUCGAUUUAGGAUCUGGGACUUCGUCUUUGCGUCUCCAGUGCUUGCCCAACGCUAGUUUUACCACCCUCUGUCUUACUUUGUCGAUGACUGCAACUUACAUUGCCUUGCUGAUACUGAACCAAUCAAGACAUGGGCUUACCUUUGGUUGUUAAGACAGUGAUUGAAGCAGCUUUUUAAGAAUUCUGGUGCUUUUACAAGAGAUGGAGUACGUUAGCCCUGAAGGACUCCGCAUCGAUGGUCGGCGGCCCAUGGAAAUGAGGAAACUUCAAGCAGAAAUUGGGGUUGUCACCAAGGCUGACGGGUAUGCCAAACAAUAGUUUGAUCUGCUGUUUUUGAGAUGGGCAACACCAAAGUCAUUGCUGCUGUUUAUGGUCCGAGAGAGGUGCAAAACAGGAGCCAACAACUGAGUGAUCAGGCUCUGGUACGCUGUGAGUACAGCAUGGCUAAUUUUAGUACUGGAGAUCGAAUGAGAAAACCUAAGGGUGACAGACGGUCAACAGAGAUAUCUCUUGUUAUUCGACAGACAAUGGAAGCAUGCAUAUUGACUCAGCUUAUGCCUCGUUCUCAGAUAGAUAUAUAUGUCCAAGUUCUUCAAGCAGAUGGAGGAACUCGGUCUGCGUGCAUCAAUGCUGCCACUUUGGCCCUUGCCGAUGCUGGGAUCCCAAUGCGCGAUUUUGUUACAUCGUGCAGUGCUGGAUAUCUUAAUAGUACGCCACUUCUUGAUUUGAAUUAUGUAGAAGAUAGUGCAGGAGGCCCUGAUGUUACAGUUGGAAUUCUACCAAAACUGGACAAAGUGACUAUUCUGCAGAUGGACGCUAAAUUACCUCUUGAUAUAUUUGAAAAUGUCAUGCAACUUGCGGCAGAAGGCUGCAAAGCAAUUGCAGAUUACAUUCGAGAAGUUUUGAGUGAGAAUACCAAACAGCUAGAGUUCCGGCGGGGUGUGUAGUGUUUGCGCGUGGUCAUAGUUAGAUCUUCCGAGAGAUGCCUGCCAUGGGAGGGAUGGAGAUGGGCAAAGGAUUGGAUGUAAAUUUUGGAUUCGACACCUCCGAAAAAGGCGGGACGUGAACAAAGGAGAAGGAACCCUUUCGGUUUCAUUGCGUAAUCUGAUUAACGCCAUUGUCUGUGGCAACGUUUGUGCGGACUGAUGGUGUACCCUAAAAAGUUGUGGGGAGGCACAAUGUUGCUACAAAGUUCUGCAGAAAGUACAUCAAAA